GGUUCGGAUCGGCGCUGGCUCGGCAGCCGGAAAGAGCCUCAGCAGCCAUGGACACCAACGAUGCCUUGAUUUCUCUGCUCGUCAUGGCGGCCAUCAUCCUUCUGGUGGGCGCCUGCAGACAGCUGGCUUACCGGGGGCUACGGCGGACCACCAACUGGUUCAAUUUCGCCCAGGAGUUGACCGCCACGUUCCAGAUCUGCGCGUGCACCCACGAACUCUGCCUGCUGGGCAGCUGGCUUCCCCACCCGCAGGUCGCCCUUUGGCUCACUUACAUUUUCACCGUCCUCCACGGCUGGACGUUAGCGGGCAGCGUGGGCAACCCGGCCAGCAGCAUCCAACACUUUUACAAAGGGCAGCUGAGGGUCCGCGCGUGGUGCUUGCAGACUUCGGCGCAGUUCGCGGCGGCCAUCUUGGCUCACCUGUGCAUGAAAUUAAUCUGGAUGUUGGGAUUCUCCUCCGGCCAUUCGAAGGCCCUGCCCGACCUUUGCAGCAACCCCAUUCAAACCACCAUCAGCAACGCCUUCGGCCUGGAGUUCCUCUUCUCUUUCCUGCUACACCUGACUUUACUCCAGUUUCAAGCCAUGAGCCCCACCAUAAAAGUCCACCUGGUCGCUUUGCUAAUCACCUCUUUCGUCUACGCAGGUUGGUGGGUGAUCUUUCCUUCGCUCCCCUCCGACUUAAAACUCGGACCGGGCCUUUUGUUUGGAAUACAGGUAGCCGACAUAGGGCCACCGUGGAGCGCAACCUUUCUGGGGCUAAGCAGGGCCAUGAAGCCACUGUUGCUCCGAGAGUCGUGGUGGAGCAGUGGUUAG